GUGCGAGCUCACCGCCUGACACCAAAAAGUAAACAGACUUGUUUUGAUCUGUCAAAAAAUCAGGCUGCUACAUGCUAACAGCUAGUCGUUUACACAUUGGCGUCAAACUGUUAUAAUGUAAAACGGGUUGUUUGUUUGUUGGACGCACACGGAGGUAUUUCCGUGCAGUUGUUUUUGUUUUUAAGCGUCUAUAGCUUGCUGUUUUUAUAUAUAAUGCGUUAGCUACAUCAGCUAUUAUGCUAACCAGCUGUUAGCUUACUAGCUUAAUGUCCCGUUUAACUUAACAUUAUCUGACAGCGCAGGCAGUGGGUCGACGGAAGGACGUGUGUAACUAUAUAAUUUCACUAAUAGCUUUUGUAUAUUAAGCUAUAACUUGUUAUAGACCCGUAACGUUACUAAGCAGUACGUUACUAAGCAGUAACGUUACUAAGCAACCGUAACCACCCUUCUUUAUCUGCUGGCUGCAGCCAGUCGUUUCUCUACAUGGCUUGAAUUUAAUAACAACUAUGUGAAGAAAUAUGGUGCCAGUACUAGACUGAUAAAACAAGUGAUGAAGCCUGAACAUCAGUUCCUUACCAUGGCUGAGGAAGGAAAGCUGAGUGCGAUGGGAGGACGAGCUGCUGGUUCAUCAGGCCGCCCGGGCCGACAGACCUACAAGAGUUCAACCCAUUUCUGCUGCCUGCUGGACGGCCUGCUGACUCUCAGACAGGGUGGCAUCCUGUUUGAUGUGGUGCUGCUGGUGGAGGGUCGACCUAUCCAAGCCCACCGUAUACUCCUGGCAGCCUCUUGCGAUUAUUUUAGGGGAAUGUUUGCUGGAGGCCUUCGCGAGGCGCAGCAAAAGGAGAUCCCAAUUCAUGGAGUAUCUUACAUGGCCAUGAAAAAAAUACUUGACUACAUCUACACUUCAGAGAUUGAGUUAGACCUGGAGUGUGUGCAGGAAGUUCUGAUAGCUGCCACACUAGUACAGCUUGAGGUUGUCAUCGGCUUUUGCUGCGACUUCCUUUUCUCCUGGCUGGACGAGAGCAACAUUUUAGAGGUGCACAAUCUAGCUGAUCUCUAUGCACUGCAGCAACUCAAUGCCAGGGUCCACUCCUACAUCCUCACGAACAUCCAGACUUUGUCUCGCACCGAUGUGUACCGACAGCUCCCCAAGGAUGAAGUCUUCAGCGCGCUGAGCAGCGACGAGCUCCAGGUGAACAGCGAGAACGAGGUGUAUGAGGCGGCUCUUCAUUACCACUACAGUCCUGUGCAGGUGGAAACUGACCAGGUGUACUUGCAGGUCAGUCCCAAGGACAAUCUCAAGAUGCUCGACGCUGUGCGUUUCUGCCUGAUUGAGAAACAAGUGCUGCAGAGGCUGUUCGGCAGACUGAACCAGUGUCCACUGAAGGAUUCUGUGUCAGCAGCCCUGCGGUAUCACGAGCAGGAGAUCUGGCAGCCCGUCCUGCAGAGUCCUCUCACCCAGCCGCGGUCCACCUUCCACUGCAUAUUGGGCUUUGGGGGGAUGUUCACCUCCAGCUCCCUCCCCACGGAGAGCGAGCAUUUGUUUCAGGUGUUUCACCCGAGCUGGGGGGAGUGGAGGACUCUCACCGCCGCUCACGCACCCCGAAUGUCCAACCAGGGCAUCGCUGUGCUCAACAACUUUGUUUAUCUAAUCGGAGGAGACAAGAACACCAGUGGAUUUCGUGCAGAGACCCGCUGCUGGAGAUACGACCCUCGCCACAACAGCUGGUGCUCCAUCCAGUCCCUGCAGCAGCAGCACGCUGACCACUGUGUUUGUGUCAUGGGUGACCAUAUUUAUGCCAUCGGAGGACGGGACUACAGCAGUGAGCUGGAGUCAGUGGAGCGCUAUGACCCGCGCACCAACACGUGGGAGUUUGUAUCACCCCUAAAGAGAGAGGUUUACGCCCACGCUGGAGCAGUGUUGGAUGGGAAGAUGUACAUAACAUGCGGGCGCAGAGGAAAUGCGUACCUCAGAGAGACCUACUGCUUUGACCCUGUGGCCAAUCAUUGGACAGCGUGUGCUGAGGGGCCGGUGGAGCGCGCCUGGCACGGCAUGGCUGCUGUUAAUGGACGCGUUUAUGUUAUCGGGGGAAGCAAUGAUCAGCGUGGAUAUCGGCGGGAUGUCCUGAAGGUGGCAUGCUUGGACCCCGAAGCCAACUCUUGGUCUUUACUGACCCCCCUCCCCGCGGGACACGGAGAACCCGGCAUCGCCGUGCUGAACAGUCUCAUCUACGUCCUGGGAGGACGCUCCCACGACAAAAGCAACAGGAUGAAAUACGUUCACGUGUACAACCCCGACGCAGACGAGUGGGAGAACGAGACGGAGUUUAAGGAGCGCGUCUCCGGCAUGGCGGCCUGCGUGGUGCUCAUGCCCCCUGCCGUGAUCGCCCAGGCCAGGAGCUGGGAGCAGCGCACCAAGGCCUCAUGGGAGGACGUGGACAUGGACAACUCUGACGACUCUAGCGAGGAUUGAAGCAGCAACUGUGAUGAACUGAAUGUCUGAGCACUAGAGACUGUCCUGCACUUUUCUCAUGCAGCAUGUUGAAGUACCUGGUGGAUGUUUGUUUUCUGUUGGCAGCAUCGUGUCCUUUUUGCACGUGGACCACUUUGAGUGCCUCUGAACCAAAGUGUCAUUCGGGGCUUUUGCACACUUUUUUGUUACUUUUCAAUUUCUUCCUAGAUAAUCAUACUCCGCUCAUGAAUCCUGCUACUGUUUGUCACUGAUCCUUCAUUAUUACCGGUCACUGCAGCUGCCUCUGCAUCGUUUAUCAGAGAUAUCCUUUAUAUCUUCAAGUGACAGGAAGCAGUGAAGACCACUUGCUAUGCAAUAACAUGGUAAUAUGGAGAACUCUCAGCAGCAGCCGGCCCUAGGCUAGUUUUUUUAAAGAAUUUUUGACAUGAAAUUAGGUUUAGACUUCAGAGAUUUACAGGCAGUGGUUACCUUUUAGCUAGUCUGACUCACCGGAUGUAGACUGUGGGUAUAAGCCUGCUAUAGAGAGGUGAAGUCCCGCCCCUUCUGGUGGACCCCAUGGGACCUUAUUUGUGAAAAAAUAUGAACGCUAGUCAACCGUGAGAGACAUUUGAAUUGAGCCAUGAAUCUCACAUAUGAGGUUUUUCAAUUUAAAACAUAAUUUUGCAAGUCAAGAAAGUCGUAGUUUGUUGUGAAACUGUUUAAGUAUAAGACUGUGAAAAUACAUAAUUUAGAAAGAACUACACACCCAAAAGUCGCGUAAGGGACGUCUGUCUCACUGAAGCUACGAUGCCUGUGUGUUUCCUACUGGGAUGUACUCACACGCAGCAACUGGUCUCGUUCGUUCUUUCGCUUCCAGGCUGAUUUGUCUGUCGCCGUUGACUACCGUUGAUAUUUUUUUUCCGAAAUAAGGUCCCAUGGGUUCCACCGGAAGGGGAGGGACUUCACCUCUCUAUACAUGGCAUUCUCCUCCCCUUCCGCUAUCUGCACUAUAUAUUUUGCAAAGGGCACCAUUGCUGCAUCCUGUGCUUAGCGCCGCCCAGGACGAUCGUGAUUGGUUUAAAGAAAUAUACCAGAAUGAUAAUGUGUGGAGCCUUUCUUUAGCAGAGAAAAGUCUGGCUGUGGAUAUGGGUCUGGCUAUGCAUGACUAGCUUUUCACUAAAUUGUUCAUUUCUGAGGAUUAAAGAUUUAUUAUUGACUUUUUUGUUUUUAUAAUUUAGUUCUUAUCUCCAUCCUAGCAGCUACUGCAGUGGAGUUGUCUUCCCCACCGAACUACUGAGUAUUAAGUUACAUUUUAACAUUGUGCCUUGUUUUUGUGGUUACAUCCUGAGCUUGUGGUGUGUAUUUUUAUGUUUCAGUAUAUUCUGUGAAUGGAGAUGAGCCUUAGGUAUUGUGCCUCCGACAUCAUUUGUUAAAAAAACAAACCUGAUUUGUACCUGAAUGAUGAGGCGCUGGUGCCAGCUCACAACAUGUUGCCAUGUCUGUAUGUGAUUUAUGAACGUCAAAUCUUGAUUUUUGAAAAUCAAAACCAUUGUUGUCACUUUCGUUUCAUUGAUCUCUCAUACUGUGUAAGUUAUCCCAAUUACUGUAUCCUAAAGAGCACAAUGACGAGUAGUUUUAGAAUAUUUCUGUUGGCCGAGUUGUUUCUGCUUGUUGCCUCAGUUCACUGUUGCGCUGUUUAAUAGAAACAUUUAAGAAGCUUAAUGACACCCGCUCCACUGUGUAUCCUUUACUGCUCUGGCAUUGAACAAGUCUGGUCCUUCUGAACAAACAAAAUGUAUUAGAACACACUGUCUCACAAGAUUAUGCAAAUUUAGCAUCCUGUUCAUGACAUAAGUUUUGAGAUUUAAUAAAGAUAGUAAUAUAUU